UCCGAUUAUUAUUCUCGAGUCAGGCAUCUGUUCAGUUUGUUUUCACCAUGCGUGCGCUCCGGUACCUCCUGCUGCUGCUGCUCGUUGUUUCCAGCGCCUUUGUGGCCUCCUCCGCUCCUCGCCACCGCCGCCAGAUCGAUCUGACGCUCUCCGCGGAGCAUGACGACAAGGACGAUGAGACGGAACUGGCACUGGAGGCAAUAGCCGGCCUGUGGCAAAGCGCCGACAGUCGAACCAAGGUGGAUGGAUCCGCCAGUUUUGUGCAUCGCACCCAGGGCGGCACGCAAUCGGGUUCCGAGCAGGACUUUCGUCUGGGACUGCGUGUUACCUUCGAUAGGUAAACAGAUCCGCCGGGAUGGGAGUUCCAGACAGAGGCCCCUGGCUGAGGGAAAUCGCUCGAUUGCGUGUAGACGAUAACAUUUUGACCUUCCCAGCUCCAGUCCAGUUCCAGCUGCUGCUUGUACAGAGAACGUUUGUGAAAAUACAAUAUUUUUAAUACCCGCA